UCCUAACACAAAUAAAUAAUGUUAAUAAACUAUAGGUCCACACUCUAGUGGAAUUUUCGUAUUCAUCCGCCCAGCCAUGUACUGCUCUGUCUGCCACUUCCGUCCGCCGAAGCCCGGCCGGCUCAGCAGCCAACUAACGCCGGGAUCGGUCUUCUCGUCCCUCCUUCCCUCGUCGUCCAUCUGCGUGCGUCUUGUUCCCAACACCAGCAUCCCAGAGCCAUCGUACGUACGUCGCGAUGUAAAUAUGAUACCUUCCGUCCGCCGGUUCGGUCCCCAACGGCCGCUGCUACCAGCAACCGUGCCAUCGCCGUGCCAGCACCCUCCGGCUACCAAAUUUCAACGGGGAAAAGUGCCAAAGCAGUAAAGCACACUUGCAGCACAGCGAAAGCUGAAAUGUGGCCACCGACACCUGCUACUCCAUAAGCUAAUUUCCAAAAGAAAAAGGCCAAGUCCUCAAAGAAAAAGAGAGCAAAAGGCAAAGGAAACCGGAAGCCACCCUCUCGCGCGCACUCUCACAGUCUCACUCACUCACAGUGAUAAAAGCCUCGACGCGACAAGAAUCUCUCCGAAGCCGGGUCCUCCGUAGCUCACCACCACCCCUCCUGUCCCUUCAAUCCACCCGAGGAGAAAAGCGAGUAAGCAACCGAGCGGAGCAAGGCAAAGCAAGCAGCUUGCCCAGCUAACUUCACCACGAACCUGACCUGCGAGCCGGGCCAUCACCGUCGGCUUCAUUCCCUCGCUUCUAUUUGUCCCAAGAACCGGACGCGCGCGCCAUGGAGAUGGCGGGGGCGGCGGAGGCGGCGACACCGGGGCAGGAGCCGAUGCGCAAGGGGCGGAGCAACUCCAUCCUGCUCCCCAUCGUCGGCAUCCUGGUCGCCUACCUGCUCUACCGCUACCUGCGCCCGCGCCUCCGCGGGCUGCGCCUGCUGGACCGCCUCCCGUUCCGCAUGCCGGCCUGCCUCCGCCGGCGCACGUCUGGCAGUAGCACCGUGCUGCCCUACUUCGCCCCGAUCGCCGACCGCCUUGGCGCGCUGCCGUACCUCGGCCCGUUCGCCGAGCGGCUCGGGGUGGGCGCGCAGGGCGGCGGGUACCACGGCGGGGCCGAGGCGCUCGUGAAGUUCCCCGGCGGGGAGGCGCUGUCGGUGGCCGCCAUCCUCGAGGCGCCGGGGGAGGUGGUAGCCAAGUCCGCGCACAGCACGCUGUACCGCGCCGCGAUGCGGUCGGGCGAGGCCGCGGUGCUACUCCGGUUCUUGCGCCCCGCGUGCGCCGUCGGGCCCGAGGAGGUGUCCGCCGUCGCGAGAAGGAUCGGCGCGGUGAGCCACCCCAACCUCGUGCCGCUCCGCGCGGUGUACGUCGGGCCGAGAGGGGAGAAGCUGCUCGUGCACCCCUUCUACGCCGCCGGCUCGCUCCACGGGUUCUUGCAAGAGGGAAUCGCAGAGUCGCAGAGAUGGAACAUAGUCUGCAACCUUUCUCUUGGCAUUGCCAAGGGAUUGGAUCACCUGCAUACCGGCUUGGAGAAACCGAUCGUUCAUGGCAACCUCAAGACAAGCAACAUUCUGCUUGAUGCUAAUUAUGAGUGCAAGAUCUCGGACUGCGGCCUCUACCUUCUGCUGAAUCCUACCGCUGCCCAGGAGAUGCUUGAAACAUCUGCAGCCCAAGGGUAUAAGGCACCUGAGUUGAUCAAGAUGAGGGACGCCACGAGGGAGUGUGAUAUCUACAGCUUGGGAGUAGUUCUACUUGAGAUGCUUGCUCAAAAAGAGUCCACAGACUACAGCCGGCCAAACCCUCGGGACAUCCUUUUGCCUGUUUCCUUCAAAAAUUUGGUUCUUGAGAGGAAGAUAUCUGAUGCAUUCAGCUCCGACCUUGUCAAGCAAUGCAGGAAGUCAGGGAAGGAGAAGAAUCUGAAUGCAUUCUUCGAGCUGGCAACGGCUUGCUGUAGCCCAUCACCAUCAUUGAGACCCAACACAAAGUAUAUACUCAAGAGGCUUGAAGAGAUAGCGAGAUAAAUGGAUGUGAGUAGGCUUACCAGCUUGCUAUUUAAUCGGCAUUGCAUUGUAGCAUCAUGCUGUUGAUACUGUGAAGCAUCCUGCCAUUAAACGUCCAGGAACCUGUAUAGUCUUCAUAAUUUGCAGAGGAACUCAUCAGAACACGUUAUUGCUAG